AUUAAAUUUUUGAGAUAAAUUUCACUAAUUUUAUAUUUUAUUUGAAAAAGGAUAUUGUCCGUCGAUUUAAAAUCUGUUGAAAGUAAUGUUCAGAGAGAGAGAGAAUUUAAUGAACUGACUGCGUCAGCAUUAUUUUCUAUUCAAGAUUUGACUGUAUCAAGUAUACAGACACAAUUUGUACUGUUAAAUAAAAUAUUAUUUUCUACUGAAAUAAACAGCAAUAUAGUCAAUUUUAAUACAAGUUUAUCUUGUUUUAAUCUACAUUAUCAGCAUGAAGAAUUUAAUUAUUGGUUAGGAUUAAUUCCUAUAUCACAAUCAGUUAGUAAAAAGUCUGAAAAUGUAAUAUCAGUAAAAAGAUCCAGAUUUUCUUAUGAUACAUUAAGAGGUUAUAAAUAUAUUUAUAAAAUGGAAGUGGAAAAUAUUAAUUUAUCAGUAAAGUUACCUUCGUGUUAUCCAAUUGGCUGCGGUGUGAAUCGUGGCAGUGUAACUGUAGAAUAUGAUUUAUGUUCUUUAGAUGAUGACAGAAAUAUCUCCUCAGAUGUUGGUAUUGGAAUCUUAAAUUCUGAAUUAUUACUGGAAGCAUCUUGGUGUAGAAUUGGUGAAGCAAGGGAAAUAUUAAAUGAAGAAAUAUUCAGUGAUCACGUUUGGAAUAGUCCUUUCACAUUAGGAUUAUUAAUUUUAAAAGUUUGGAAUGAUUCUGCAUCUGCAUUUAGCAUUCAAUGCAAAAUGGAGAGAACAAAGCUUGAAUGGUCUCCAUCACUAUCAAAGAACAUUCAAGAAAUAUCUUUAUAUUUUAAAAAGUCAAGCAGUUGUUUAGACAAUAAGAUUAUUCUGAGAGAAAAAGAAAAAAACUCUUCUGCCAUACAUUUUUCUAAUGUAGAACUAAAACUGAAUAGCACUGACAUCUUUGCUGUUAGUAAUGCUGGAACAGUUCUGGCAUUUAGAAUAGAUUCCUUCAUUGUAGAAAAAUCAAUUUUAAGAAUGCAAUUUGAGCUCGAUGGAUUAAAAGUACAACAUUUUAUUCAACCUAAAAAGCCUUUUCAGUGCCUAAAAUCUUCAGAAAUAAAGAACUAUGUGUUAAAUUUCAGAACUGUCAAGUUUGAUUAUGAAGACAAAGAAACAAAGAUUCAACUAUUGAAAAUCAUUCAAAUAAAUUGGUCCACAACUGUCCAUAUGACAAUAUUUCAUAUUAUAGAAGAAAUGAAGAAUUUUAAAACCAAACUUAUAGGAAACACAAUAUCAAAAUCUCAAAGUAAUGAAAAAAUGCUAAAUUUAAGCAUAAAAAUCUAUGGAGAAAUGUUAUUAGAAGCCAAAUUAUCCAAAAUUCAUAGGUUAGUUGUUUCGUCUAAUGAUUUAUCAAUAGCUUUUCUUCACAAUCGUUCAAGUUUUCAAGCUGAAAAUCUCAAUAUUUGUUUUAAUGAUUAUGAUAUAUUUAUUUUUAAGCAAUUAAGUUUAAUAUCUUUUGAUGCAGAAGAACCUAAUGUGAUAUAUCGGGAAAAUUUUGGAAAAUUGGAGCUACAGAAAAAUAAAGCUGAAACAAAGAUUCAACUAUUGAAAAUCAUUCAAAUAAAUUGGUCCACAACUGUCCAUAUGACAAUAUUUCAUAUUAUAGAAGAAAUGAAGAAUUUUAAAACCAAACUUAUAGGAAACACAAUAUCAAAAUCUCAAAGUAAUGAAAAAAUGCUAAAUUUAAGCAUAAAAAUCUAUGGAGAAAUGUUAUUAGAAGCCAAAUUAUCCAAAAUUCAUAGGUUAGUUGUUUCGUCUAAUGAUUUAUCAAUAGCUUUUCUUCACAAUCGUUCAAGUUUUCAAGCUGAAAAUCUCAAUAUUUGUUUUAAUGAUUAUGAUAUAUUUAUUUUUAAGCAAUUAAGUUUAAUAUCUUUUGAUGCAGAAGAACCUAAUGUGAUAUAUCGGGAAAAUUUUGGAAAAUUGGAGCUACAGAAAAAUAAAGCUUGGAAUUUACAUAUUGAUGAAGGAAAAGCAACAUUUCCAUAUCAGUAUAAAUUUGCUGAAGCUUGUAGUGAACAGGCAGUCAGCAUUAUUAAAUGGCUGAAAUUAAUUCAUAAGAGAGAAAAGAAAGCAUUUACCUUAAGUUCACCAUUACCUGCCGAUGUCUCCAUCAAAAUUAAGGCAUUUUCUAUGGAAAUUGAAGAUGAUCCGUUCGAAGUGAAAUUAAGAGAUAAUUUUGAAUUGUUAGAAGAUGAAUAUCACGAGAGCUUAAAGCGACGAAGAAUAUUGGACGAAAAGAUUGAAAAAUUAAUAAAACGGAAAUUACUUCUCCCUGCUGCAAAAUUAGAAGAGUUAUAUGCAACUUUUGCAAAGAAGAAUGCAGAAAUUUACAUAAAACGAUCACAACAACUUUAUCAGCAUACUAAAAAGAGGACCAAUUUGUUGUUGUGGAAGCUGGAUGAAAUUGAUAUCAUGUUUGUUGCUGAUUUAUCAUACCAUGGUAAAGAGAGGGUUUUGACUUCAAUGAGAGAGAUUGAUGACAGUAGUCCAUUUCCAGAAGAAGAAAUUGAAUUUUGUACUCUGUGGUGUAGAAUGAUUCAAGCAAAUAUUUCUUCAAUUACUGUGUCGUUAAGAGAUUUUCCUCAGGCUUUAAUUGAAUUACGCAAAUUACAUAUCUGGGGCAAACUUAUUGGUGCUGAGCAGGAAGGUUCUUACAGAGCAAAAAGAAAAUCUGUUGUGGAAAUAGAUGAGCCUUGGAGUAAUGUUGAUAUUGAAAGGAAUAUGGGAUUUUUGAAAUUUUAUCAUGAUCUGACUUGGGAUAUGGAAUCAUUAGGCAUGGCAUAUGGUGUCUGUUGGGAACCUGUGAUAGCUCAGGUGGUCAUUGCCAUGGAAAACAUCAGCAAGCCAUCUGCUGAUCCAAGUCCAGCACUGCCAUGGUGGGACAAAAUUCGUCUUUUGUACCACGGUCGUAAUACGUUCUUUUUUCAAAAUUUAACGUUUCUGUUGCAUGCAUCGCUGGAUCCGUACAACACAAUGGAACAAAUGGAAAUUGCAUGGUCUGAUGUUAUAAUCGAAUGGACUAAUGCUAAAAUAGUAACAAAAGGAGAUUUGGAUAUAUAUGUACAUACUGCAUCAAAGUAUGAUGAUUGUCGUCUGUUGCACAUGCCCAAGUUAAAGCUUCAAUUCAAACUUGACUGGCAGUGUUUGGGACAUCCGAAUGAACAUUUCUCAGUUAUACCUUGUGCUCAGGACAAAGUGCCUGAAUAUUCCAGUAAUCAGAUUCACGAUUCUUACAGAGCUUUUCGGUCAGAAAAUCUUAACAUGAUCAUCUCUUUAGAAACAAAACCGGUUGCAUUGGAAACGGCUGCUGAUGUACCGACAAUGUUGUUAUAUAGUAGCACGCUAAGGUGGAUUGAAAAUCUGAAGAUAAUUCAUGCUGGAGUAACAAGACUGACGAGAAGGGGAAAAUUGUUUUCUAAUACAAAGCCACGAAAGACUCCUUUGGGAAGACACUAUCGACACAUUCGUCUUUCUCUGAAUUUGCAUAAAUUUCAAGUAUGUUAUUGGAUGUCAUUUGCAAAGCAGAGGGGUUUGGAACUCCUGGGUGGACGUCUUUCAUUGAGUUCAGAACAUGUAUUGUCCCUAAUACCUAUAGAAGACAAUCUAACACACAGACCAGCUGUCAAUUGGAACAUAUCACACCUGACUUGUGAAUUGGGAGAUAGUGAAAUUUGGUUGUAUAAUAUUCUUAAUGAUAAAAAUAAUGAUGAAAAUAAAUCAUUGAUGUUUCCUGUCGAAAGGAGUUAUUUUCUUAGUGUAACAAGAGUUUCUUAUGGAAGAGAAGCACCUAUAAGAGACAUAAAAACAGAAGAGGAUGAUAUUCCCACUCAUAGAUUAGUUGUUCAUGGAUUAAAGGGAGCUUGGACCAAACAUAAUAGGGAUGUCAUAUUUAAUUUGUUUGACAGCUACAUGAAAGCAAAAAUUAUGAAGAGGGAUCUUUCAACAGAAGCAUUGAAAGGAAUUAAAGUAGAUCCACAACCUUAUAACAUGAAACAUCGUACUUACACAACAACAAAUUUGUGUCUUCCAAACUGUCAGCAGCCCACGAGUCCCAUGUCACAUCUUCAGUCAGGACUGGCUGCAAACAUGUUACAGAAAUUAAUUGCUGAAGCUGAAGCUAACACCAUGGUUUACACUGAAGAGAUUGAUUGUCCAAACAGAGAACAACAACUUCAUGGAAUAGCUGCUUGUCAGACAGAUGAUGUUCUCCAUAAAAAUUGGCUAAUUGAAUUAGUUAACAGUCAAGUAAUGUUGAAAGGAAGUGAAACCUCAGGAUAUGUGAUAGUGAGUGCUGCAAAGUCCCAAAUUUUACAGCGUGUUCAUCGUCCAGUGUGGAAGGAUCAUACUUUGGUUUCUAAAACCACGUGGGUUGGAUCUCUAGAAUGUAUGCAGUAUUAUGCCACUGUAGAUGCAGGAGAACCUGGGCCGUCAGUAGACAAUAUCAUGUGGUUGUCUUUAGAUAAUAUUGAAGAAAGAGCGUCUAUGAUCAUAAGUGAUUUACCAGACUUAGUUGGUAGUGGACACAGUGUUGGAGGAGUGGUCAGCAGUAUAGUGGGUGGAACUUCUGAUCCCACAACAGCACCUCUACAAUUACAAAGAAUAGUUUCUCGAUGUGGCUGUCAGUUUUUCUAUGCAAGUUAUGGAGAAAAUAUCGAUUCGGGUAGUGUCGAAGUUCCACCAUUGCCUGAAGAUAAUGAUCUCUGGGUACGAGAGAAUGCAGUAGACUCUUUUACUCUGACACAUCAUGAUUUAGACAUGUGCACAAAUUCUCUUCAAUAUGCCAUGCUGCUUGACCUUGUAAAUAAUUUAUUAUUAUAUGUCGAGCCACGUAAAAAAGAAGCCAGUGAAAAGCUGCAACGAAUGAGGUUUCAGUUGGAAUUACGUUCAAUAGAUGAUCUUAAGGCUCCAAUUUUGCAAUUACAGAAUCAAGUAAGGUUGCAUGUGUUUAAUGUACGUCAGUUAGAAAGAGAAGCUUACAUCAUUCACAGAGCAUUGAAUGAUAAUCCUGACAGAGAAGAUCUUAUACAAGAACUCGAACAGUUAGAGAGAGAGAUUUGGACUUACAGAUAUUCUAAAGUUACAAAAAGUGAUGAUUCCGUAGAACAUUUACUGGAGCUGGGUUAUGUUAAAAUGACUAAUUUAUUACCAAAUUCACACUAUAAGAUUGUCCUUCAACCAACCGAACUUCAACCUAAUAUUCCAUUAGACAGGCAAAGAGCUUUAAGGAUCUUCUGUAGAGAAAGAGCUCCAGUGGGUGGUAUACCAGUUAAAGAACAUUUAGAACUGAAUGUGAUUCCAAUAACAAUUGGAUUGACAUAUGCUUUUGUCACCACCAUGUUAAAAUUCUUCUUUCCUGGUCGUAAUACAGAGGAUCAUCAUGGCGAUGACGAACAGGAAGGAACAUUGACCAGAUCCAAGAAGCGUCCCAUGAGUCAUAAACAGCCCAGCACAUCCGCCAAUAGCAGAGACGACAUAGAAAAAAUGAAGGAACGAGCCGAGAAGAACCACACUUUUCUCUACAUCAAAAUUCCAGAAGUGCCUAUCAAAAUCAGUUACAAAGGCGAAAAAGAGAAGAAUAUCGAAGAUCUUCACGAAUGCGGUCUAGUACUUCCCACUUUGGAGUAUCACGAUUGCACUUGGACUUGGUUGGAUCUGUUGAUGGAAAUGAAGAAUGCCACCAAACGCGUUUUGGUUUCUCAAGCCAUUAAACAGAAAUUGUUGAAACCUUCGCGACCCGGAACCGACGAGACCAGCCAACCUCAAGAGGAAGACAAAGUCAGAUUAUUAUUUGGUCCCAAAGUUAUCGGCAAUACAGAAAAGAGUUCUAAGAAGAGCCUCUUAGCCAAACUACAGAAAUAAUUUCCAAUUCAAAUUUCUAUUUCAAGUGCCUCAGUCGUUAUACCUAAGCUCAUCAAAAGAUGCUUCAAAUUCUUCCGAAAUUUCUAAACAAAAAAAAAAUCGGAAUUACCGAAUUGUAUAGGGCUUCUCGAAUUUAUUUGAGGGUCUUCCUUACUAAAUUUGUCGGUUUCUAUUUGGAUGCAAUGUAGUAUUUGACAUUUUUCCAUGCAGGCGUUCGAUUUUUUAUUUUUUUCUAACCGAAUCCGAAAUAAUGUAAAUAGAUAUAUUUUACGAGAUGCUCGACAAAGAUUUUCUAUACUUAUUUGGUAUUAAAUUUAAAUGUACUGUACAUAUAAUACCUUAGAGAAUUUGGAAAUUCGUUACGGUUUUCGUAAAAUUCUCUUCGCAAUAAUACACGAGAACGUGUUUAAACACUCAGAAGAUUCGAAGUUCUCUAUGCAUCAACGCGCGAGAACGUGUUUAAACAUGCAAAAAAAAAUUACAGUGAUUAUUUUAAAUUUGUCGACCGGUUUCGCACUCGCGUAACUUACUUUUCUUAUUACAAAUUCUUGUACGCGAUUUGUAAUAAUUGUAAAAAGUCGUCGGCCCGCGUUAAUCUUCCAGCAUUUUCUCGCUUCCUUACGAGUUUGCAAUUUUCAAGAAAAUCAAUUUGUCAUCAGGUCUUUUCCGAUAUUUAAAAUGAAAUUUCUCCAAAUAUUUUAGAAUUUUAUAUACGAUUCGCUGCAAAAUUCCGUGCUUUUUGUUUUUUUUAGUCGAUUGGAGAUUUUCGGAAGUUAAUUGUCUUUUUAAUGUAAAUAAGUUUCAAAUAAAUUAAUUAUUUUGUUUUGAAA